AGUUGAAGAAACUAUGUCACUACUCAAACUAAUCCAGUUUUGAGUUUGAGCCUCUUCAUCCUCAACUCGAGUUUGACUCUCACAAAUCGAACCCACACUAGAUCAACAAAUAUUGGGUGAUUGUGUGGUUUCUUUGGAUCAUGGGUUCUAAGAGGCCACUCUUGUUACCAUCUCCAAGAACUCCUAAUAAUAACCAAGAGCUUCCUACCCUUCAUGUUUUUCCUGAACUACCUAAAUCAAAGUCAAGUUCUAGCAACACUGUUACGUUCUGUGGAAUAGACACGACCAACCCAGUUGAGAAUUCUUCAAAGUCAUCGUCACGUAGAAGCGCCAUGUCCAUUCAUUCUGGAAGCUCUGGCAGGAACAACUCUGUCAGAGAAGAGAGUGUUAAACCUGUUCGUUAUGGCUCAAAGGGUGCUGAUUCUGAUGGACUCACCAUGUCUCAGAAGGAACUCAAAGAUGAGGAUGCAAGGUUGGUUUAUAUAAAUAAUCCUGAGAAGACCAAUGAGAGGUUCGAAUUUUCAGGAAAUUCAAUUCGUACUGGGAAAUACUCCAUCAUCACUUUCAUUCCCAGGAACCUGUUUGAACAAUUCCAUAGAGUUGCUUACAUUUAUUUUCUGAUAAUUGCCAUUCUCAAUCAAAUUCCUCAGCUUGCAGUGUUUGGGAGGGGUGUUUCUGUUUUGCCAUUAGCCUUUGUUUUGCUUGUUACGGCUGUGAAGGAUGCUUAUGAGGAUUGGAGGCGGCACCAAUCAGAUAAUAUUGAGAACAACAGGUUAGCAUCAGUUUAUGUCGAUGAUAAAUUCGUAGACAAGAAAUGGAAGGAUAUAAGAGUUGGUGAGAUCAUAAAAAUCAAAGCAAAUGAAACCAUUCCUUGUGAUAUUGUGUUGCUCUCAACUAGUGAUCCUACUGGAGUUGCAUAUGUGCAGACUAUUAAUCUAGAUGGAGAGUCCAAUUUGAAGACUAGGUAUGCAAAACAAGAGACACAUUCAAAGAUGCCUGAAAGGGAGAGAUUUCAUGGCUUAAUUAGGUGUGAGAAGCCCAAUAGGAACAUUUAUGGAUUUCUUGCUAACAUGGAUAUUGAUGGCAAGAGGUUAUCACUUGGAUCCUCAAAUAUUGUUCUUAGAGGAUGUGAAAUGAAGAAUACUAGUUGGGCACUUGGUGUUGCUGUGUAUUGUGGCAGUGAGACUAAAGCAAUGCUCAACAGCUCUGGAGCUCCAUCGAAGAGAAGCCGGCUUGAAACUCGCAUGAAUUCUGAGAUCAUCAUCCUCUCCUUCUUUCUUGUAGCAUUGUGUACAAUCACCUCAGUUUGUGCUGCUGUUUGGUUAAAGCGCAAAAAGGAUGAAUUGGAUCUCUUGCCUUAUUAUAGGAAACUGGAUUUUUCAGAAGAAGGGGAAGUUAAAAACUAUGAAUACUAUGGAUGGGGAUUGGAAAUCUUUUUCACAUUUCUCAUGUCAGUUAUAGUGUUCCAGGUCAUGAUUCCCAUAUCCUUGUACAUUUCUAUGGAGCUUGUUCGUGUUGGUCAGGCCUACUUCAUGAUCCGAGACAACAGAAUGUAUGAUGAAGAAACACAUGCAAGAUUUCAAUGCAGGGCUUUGAACAUUAAUGAAGAUUUGGGGCAAAUUAAAUAUGUCUUCUCAGACAAAACUGGUACACUUACUCAGAACAAGAUGGAGUUUCAAUGUGCCAGCAUCUGGGGUGUUGAUUACAGUUCUACAAAAGCCAUCCUGGAGGAUGAGCUAGUUGAAUACUCUGUGAAAGUGGAUGGAAAAGUCUUGAGACCAAAGAUGAAGGUGAAAGUUAAUCCAGAGCUUUUGCAAUUAUCAAGAAAUGGACUUGAAAAUAAGGAAGGAAAAGAGAUAUAUGAUUUCUUUCUAGCACUAGCAACCUGCAAUACUAUUGUGCCUCUUGUUGUUGACACAUCUGAUCCUGAUGUCAAGCUGAUAGAUUACCAAGGGGAAUCACCAGAUGAACAAGCAUUAGCAUAUGCUGCAGCUGCCUAUGGUUUUGUGCUUAUAGAACGAACUUCGGGUCAUAUAGUCAUUGAUAUUCAGGGAGAAAGACUAAAGUUCAAUGUCUUAGGUAUGCAUGAAUUUGAUAGUGAUAGGAAGAGGAUGUCGGUUAUAUUGGGGUACCCUGAUAAUUCUGUGAAACUUUUUGUCAAAGGGGCAGAUACAACCAUGUUUAGUGUGAUAGAUAAAUCAUUUAACAUGGAAAGAGUAAAAGCAACUGAAACCCAUAUUCACUCUUAUUCUUCCACGGGUUUGAGAACACUUGUUAUUGGGAUGAGGGCAUUGAUUGCUUCAGAAUUUGAGCAAUGGCAUGUUGCUUAUGAGGCAGCAAAUAAUGCUUUGUUUGGUAGGGCUGCAUUGCUUCGCAAGGUUUCUAACAAUGUAGAGAACAAUCUGAGCAUAUUGGGAGCAUCUGCUAUUGAAGAUAAACUGCAGCAAGGUGUUCCAGAAUCCAUUGAGUCUCUAAGGACUGCAGGUAUUAAAGUAUGGGUUUUAACUGGGGACAAACAAGAAACUGCCAUAUCAAUUGGUUACUCCUCAAAGCUCCUAACAAGCAACAUGACUCAAAUUAUAAUUAAUAGCAAUAGUAGAGACUCAUGUAGAAGGAGAUUACAAGAUGCCCUUGCAAUGUCUAACAAACUCAUGUCUAACAAUAAUGGAGGAAGUUCUGAUGGACCUACAACUCCAAUAGCUUUGAUUAUUGAUGGUACCAGCCUUGUACAUAUUCUUGACAGUGAACAUGAAGAGCAGCUAUUUGAACUUGCAAGAAAAUGUGCUGUUGUUCUAUGUUGCCGAGUAGCUCCACUGCAAAAGGCUGGGAUUGUUGCCCUUGUGAAGAAUAGGACAUCUGACAUGACACUAGCUGUUGGAGAUGGUGCUAAUGAUGUCUCAAUGAUCCAAAUGGCUGAUGUUGGAGUUGGCAUAAGUGGACAAGAGGGUCGGCAAGCUGUUAUGGCAUCAGAUUUUGCAAUUGGGCAGUUUAGGUUUUUAGUUCCUCUCUUAUUGAUACAUGGGCAUUGGAAUUACCAACGGCUUGGUUACAUGAUACUAUACAACUUUUACAGAAAUGCUGUCCUUGUUCUUGUCUUAUUUUGGUAUGUGCUCUUCACUGCCUUCACUUUGACAACUGCUAUAAAUGAAUGGAGCUCCACUUUGUAUUCUAUAAUCUACAGUUCAUUGCCAACUAUUAUUGUUGGUAUUCUAGACAAAGAUCUUGGGAGAAGGACUCUCCUAAAGUAUCCUCAGCUUUAUGGGGCUGGUCAGAGACAAGAGGCCUACAACAAAAAACUAUUUAUGUUUACAAUGGUUGAUACUUUGUGGCAAAGCAUGGUUAUCUUCUGGGCUCCCCUAUUUGCAUAUUGGAGUAGCACAGUUGAUGUGGCAAGCAUUGGAGACCUUUGGACUCUUGCAGUUGUUAUUUUGGUUAAUUUACACUUGGCCAUGGAUGUUGUCAGAUGGUACUGGGUGACUCAUGUUGCAAUUUGGGGGUCUAUUGUUGCAACUUUCAUUUGUGUCAUGAUUAUUGAUGCUAUACCUACACUUCCUGGUUACUGGGCCUUCUUUGAUGGUGCAAGUACUGGAUUGUUCUGGUUAUUGUUGCUCGGAAUUGUGAUAACAGCAUUGUUGCCUCGUUUGGUUAUAAAAUUUAUUCAUGAAUAUUAUUUUCCUAAUGAUAUUCAGAUUUCUAGAGAAUCUGAGAAGGUUGGGAAUGAGAGAGGUAUUGAAAGUGGACAGAUAGAAAUGCUUCCUGUAUCAGAUAGAACACCAAGAUGAAAGAAGUGAUCUUCUAUUCUACCUUUUUUUUUUUUUUCCUUUUCUUUUGUAAAGUAGCAUAUUCUUUAGGCUACUUCAGAGUUUUUCUGUUAGUUGCCGGAUUUUAUUGAUUGCUAUCCGAAGGAUAGAGUUUUUGUUACCACUG